AUGCAUCAUCACUUCUAUAUAUACAUUUAUCUCGUACUAUUAGCGAUAAAUAAUAGUGCGAUAACUGCCACGACUGUGGCUGAUUCCGAGCCUAUGAUUUUCAAUGAAGAUGUCAUCGAUGAAUUCAUCGAAAAUGAAAUUCAGCAAGGUUUUCCUGGUGCAGCUCUUAUCGUAACUCGCUUUGGACAAGUAUUAAAACAAAGUGUUUACGGUUAUAAAUUAAAAUAUGACGAAAACGCGACAAUUAUAAAAGAACCACAACUCGUAACAUUGGACACCAUGUUUGACUUGGCAUCGUUAACUAAAAUGUAUGCAACUAAUUAUGCGCUUAUGCAUCUAGUUGAACAAGGAGCAUUGAAUGUUGAUGAUCCAGUUAAAAAAUAUAUACCUCAAUAUUCUGGAUGUAAUCCUAAAAAUGAAUGCCGCGAGGCAAGAUUAAUAAAAGAUUUAUUAACACACACCGCCGGAUACGCUCCAAGUGUUGGGUUUUACAAUCCAGCAAGUGUUCCACCAGAUUUAUUCUCACAAGAGAAGAAUAAAACAGAAGAAAUUAUCGAAACGAAACUGGAAUUUCAACGGCCGAGAGGUGGUGAUCAAAUACCUCUGUAUUCUGAUAUUGAUUAUAUGCUUUUGGGUCUCGUGGUGGAACAUAUCAGUGGAAUGUCCAUUGACCAAUAUGUAGCGAAUAAUAUUUAUCAGAAACUAGAUCUAAAGCAUACAUUAUUUAAUCCUCUCAACACUAACAAUAACUAUCAAAAGUCGGAUUUUGCUGCCACUGAAUUAAAUGGAAAUACACGUAAUCAUACAAUUAGUUUCCCAAAUGUACGUACGCAUGUAUUACAAGGUGAGGUUCAUGAUGAAAAAUCAUUUUAUUCCAUGCAUGGCUUAUCGGGACAUGCUGGUCUAUUUUCAAAUUUAUAUGAUAUGUCGAUUCUAACUCAAAUUAUGUUAAACGAUGGCACCUACGGAAAUGUUAAAUUUUGGAGUAAAAAUAUACAAGACUUAUUUUUAACACCGUAUCCAUAUGAUCCAACGUUCGGAUUAGGAUGGCGUCUAAAUCGAAACAAAUCUUUAUCAUGGUUCGGUCUUCAUGCAUCCGAUGAUGCAUACGGUCAUACAGGUUGGACAGGAACAUGCACUGUUAUUGAUCCGAAAUACUCAAUGGCAAUUACUUUAUUAACCAACAAACGACAUACGCCAUGUAUCAAUGGAACUUUCGAUGGCGAAAAAUACGAAACAGGAAAAUAUGGUAAAAUAAUGACAUUAGUCUAUGAAUCGAUGUUGUUACACAAAGAUUCACCGGAGAAACUCUGA